CCCACACCCUCUCCCACCCGCAUCCCUUUCCACAAUGGCUGCCCGCACGAAGAAGGUCGGUAUCACGGGCAAGUACGGCACGCGCUACGGUGCGUCGCUGCGCAAGGGCGUCAAGAAGAUCGAGAUCUCGCAGCACUCGCGCUACACGUGCGCCUUCUGCGGCAAGGACAGCGUCAAGCGCAAGGCCGUCGGCAUUUGGGAGUGCCGCUCCUGCAAGAAGGUCAUCGCCGGCGGCGCAUGGACCCUCUCCACCACUGCCGCAGCCACGGUCCGCAGCACCAUCCGUCGUCUGCGUGAGAUCACCGAGGCCUAAAAUGUGAUCCCUGGUCACUCCACUGGCUCGCGGCGUCCGAUGAGGGGGAGGCGAGG